AUGGCUGAAAAAAGCACUUUCUUGAGGCAAAACGCUCUCAUUGCAAUUUUAGCUCAUAUGGAUUCAUUUGUGCCAGCAGAUAGUGCACAUAUUGGAGUGAAUGAUAAGAUAUUCAGCAGGGUUGGCGCAACGGAUAAUAUAACGGCUGGUUAUUCCACCUUCAUGGUGGAGAUGAUUGAAACAGCAACCAUAGUCAACCAAGCAACAGACCGUUCCUUGGUAAUACUUGAUGAAAUUGGUAGAGGAACAGGAGUGUAUAAUGGCUUAUCUAUUGCUCAGGCGGUAAUUGAACAUAUUCACAAUGUAAAUAAGUGCCGCGCUAUCUCUGCAACUCAUUAUACUAAAGUAAGCAAAUACUUGAAAAGUGUCAAGUGUUUCUGUGUGAGAAUAAAAGAAUGGAAAGAGGAGGUGAUCUUUCUACAUGAAGUAGUUGAGGGCGUUGCAGAUGAGUCAUAUGGAACACAUGUGGCAAAACUUGCUGUGGGCGGUGCUGGUGGGAAAGCUGUGAACAACAUGAUCCAGUCUAAUUUGCAAGGAGUGAAUUUUGUUGUAGCAAAUACCGAUGCUGAAGCACUAGAAAAAUCAUUAUGUGAUAAGAAAAUUCAGUUAGGUAUUAAUUUAACUAAGGGUCUUGAUGCUGGUGCUUUGCCUGAUGUUGGCAAGGGUGCAGCAGAAGAGUCAAUGAUGAGAUAG